GCGGGGUUGAGAGUCCUGUGUUCGAUCUUGUCAAUCGUCUUUGUGAGAUCUAUUGUGUGUCAUCAGGAUUAGCAAACCUCUUUAAUUGCUCGUAUAUUGCGUUAAAUGAACCUUACCAUGACAAAGCAUCGAAAUAUCGCACCGCGGCCAGUUCUAAACCAGGAGAGCUUACUGGGAAUUCCACUAAGUGAAGUUAAUCAGCUUCACCGAAAAGCUACUCGACAAAAACGGGCAUCUACAGCUUGCAUUAAUUGUAAAAUAUCCAAAAGAAAAUGCUCUGGAGAGUCGCCAUGCGCUAGCUGCACUGCGUUUGGCCAACAGUGUCUCAUUGACAAGACAUUAGACAAGCGCCGGCGUGUAACCGUGAAACGUAUGGCUGGUGAACUUAACUUUUGCCACAACCUGCUUGAUGAUCUGCUAAAGAUAAUGCGUGCGGAAGAUCAGUCACUGGGCUUGAAACUGCUGGACUUUGUCCGCCUUGAUACCACCUCUAUCCAGAUUCGUGAAUAUCUGGACGACGUGCUUCGAUCAAACAGGAAGAACGGAGAACAGAAACGAGGGAUGUAGGAAAUAAUUAACUUUAUGUAUGUAUUUAUCAGAUUGAGCUACUACAGACGCCGGCUAUGGUUUGUUCUUUUAGGUCGCGAUUGACAUAGCAAUGAGAAGCUUCUAUCCCUGGUCUGCGUUGCGUGGAGUCUAAGCUCUGCCAAAUAGGCGCCUUGUUUCUAGCGAAUUUGGAGGUUAUAAAGGACUUGUGUCUUGUGCAUUGGAAGCUAAGAUUGCAAAUCAGCUCAUCGCCACUUUGAAAGGUCACCCAAAGGCAGCACCAGUCAUGAAG